CAGGAUGGAAUUUGACCCUAAACCCGGUUUUAACCCCCAAAACUCCGCCCAUUCCCCCAAACCCCUCCCGAAUUCCGCCGCAUUUUCACCGAUUUUUCCCAUUUUUCCAGCCCAGGCUCGGGAUUCUCCUCACAACGGAGUUUCCUUGACCUCUCAGGAUGUAAUCCUGACCCUAAACCCGGUUUUAACCCCCAAAACUCCGCCCAUUCCCCCAAACCCCUCCCGAAUUCCGCCGCAUUUUCACCGAUUUUUCCCAUUUUUCCAGCCCAGGCUCGGGAUUCUCCUCACAACGGAGUUUCCUUGACCUCUCAGGAUGGAAUUUGACCCUAAACCCGGUUUUAACCCCCAAAACUCCGCCCAUUCCCCCAAACCCCUCCCAAAUUCCGCUGCAUUUUCACCGAUUUUUCCCGUUUUUCCAGCCCAGGCUCGGGAUUCUCCUCACAACGGAGUUUCCUUGACCUCUUAGAAUGGAAUCUUGAGCCUAAACCCAGUUUUAACCCCCAAAACUCCGCCCAUUCCCCCAAACCCCUCCCUAAUUCCACCGCAUUUUCACUGAUUUUCCCCCCUUUUUCCAGCCCAGGCUCGGGAAUUUCCUCAGGAUGGAGAACUUCUGGACACCUCUUAGGUGUAAUCCUGAGCCUAAACCCAGUUUUAACCCCCAAACUCCACCCAUUCCCCCAAACCCCUCCCUAAUUCCACCGCAUUUUCACCGAUUUUCACCGAUUUUCCCCCCUUUUUCCAGCCCAGGCUCGGGAAUUCUCCCCCCGCCGACGAUGGAAAAUCUCCUGCUCCCGCUCCUGAUUUUCACCACCACGGCCGCCACGACUUCUUCUCCUCCUCCUCCUCCUCCUCCUCCUUGCCCCAAACGCUGCUCGUGCCAGAACCUCUCGCCGUCCUUCACCAUCCUGUGCACCAAGACCGGCCUCCUCUUCGUGCCGGCCGGCAUCGACCGGCGCACGGCCGAGCUGCGCCUCAUGGACAACUUCAUCACCACCCUGCGCAAGCGCGACUUCGCCAACAUGACGCAGCUGAUCCACCUGACGCUGUCGCGCAACACCAUCAGCCAGAUCAUGCCUUACGCCUUCUCCGACCUCAAGGGCCUCCACGCCCUCCACCUGGACAGCAACCGCUUGACGUCGAUCAGCGAGGAGCAUUUCAAGGGGUUAAUUAACCUCCGCCACUUAAUUCUCAGCAACAACCAGCUCAGCUUCAUCUCGCCCAGAUCUUUGGAUGAUUUCCUGGAGACCAUCGAGGAUCUGGAUUUGUCCUACAACAACCUGGUGGACGUUCCGUGGGCGACGGUGGCCAAGCUGUCCAACGUCAACACGGUGAGUUUGGAUCACAACCUCAUCGAGUUUGUUCCCGAGGGGAUUUUUUCCAACCUCCACAAGCUGGCCCGGUUGGACAUGACCUCCAACAAGCUCAAGAAGAUCCCGCCGGAUCCGUUGUUUUCCCGCAUCCCCGUCUACGCCAAAUCCAAAGGUUCCCCGCUGACCUCGCUGGUGCUGAGCUUCGGCGGGAACCCUCUGCACUGCAACUGCGAGCUGGUUUGGCUGCGGCGCCUGACGCGGGAGGACGACCUGGAAACCUGCGCCUCGCCGCCGGAAUUGAUGGGAAAAUACUUCUGGAGCAUCCGGGAGGAGGAAUUCGUCUGCGAGCCGCCCAUGAUCACGCACAGAACGCCGAAACUGGUGACAGCCGUGGGCCAGAGCGCGUCGCUGAAGUGCAAAGCCGUGGGCGACCCCGAUCCCUACGUGCGCUGGAUCGCUCCCGACGGGAAGUUGGUGGCCAACACGUCGCGGACGGUCUCCUACGAGAACGGCACCUUGGACAUCUUGGAAGCGGCGCUGGCGGAUCAGGGAACGUUCACCUGCAUCGCCUCCAACGCCGCCGGAGAGUCGACGGCGCCGGUGGAAUUCCGGGUGACGCCGGACGCCAACGGCACCGAGUGCGAGGAGGAGGAGGGGGGGAAGAAAGGGACGGCGGGGCCGGAGCCGUCGGAUAUCCUGAUUUCCGCCAAAUCCAGCUUUUCCAAUGAUUCCAAGCUGGAGAAAGGGGACAGGGGUGGGGUGGUGGUGGCCGAGGUGACGGCGACGUCGGCGCUGAUCCGGUGGCCGCCGCAGGAGCAGCUGGAAGGGCUCCGGAUGUACCAGAUCCAGUACAACAGCUCCGGGGAUGAGAUCCUGGUUUAUAGGUGA